AUGGAGGCGGACGACUCGGACCUGGCGGGCCAGUACCUGCAGCAGUUCGAGCUGGACCGGCUGGAGGGCGCCGUGAAGCGCGAGCAGGGCGCGGGCGCCGAGACGCCGCCCCCGCCGCCGUCGCAGCCGCCGCAGCAGCCGCAGCGCCUGCCGUCGAUGCCGCUGCUGCAGCCGUCGCCGCCGCACCACCUGCUGACGCCCCCGGGGGAGGACGCGCACCCGCUGUACGGCGCGGGCCAGCAGCACGCCGGCGUGCUGGUGAAGGCGGUGUCGCAGCACGCGCACGGCGGCGAGCCGGGGCUGGUGGCGCUGCAGCACCCGGGCACGCCGCCCGACACGCCGCCCGUGAGCGCGUCGCCCCCGCACUACGCCGCCGCCGCCGCCGCCGCCGCCAUGGCCGCGGCCGGCGCGCUCCCCGACGACAUGGGCUGGUUCCCGCAGUCGGCCGUGCGCUACCUGGCGCCCGAGCCGCUCGACCUGCGGCCCAACUGCGCCGCCGACAACAUGAUGGAGCCGCAGGGCGCGCCGGUGCUCGCCGCCGCCGGCUGGGCGCCGGGCCCCACCUCCGUCAUCACGGACGGCUGCCGCAAGCUGCUGGCCGAGUACGCGCCGCACCACCACCACCACCACCGCCACCACCACCACGGGCACCACCACGGCGAGGAGCAGGUGCCGGUGCGGCCGCUAGGCGCCGGCUCGGUGUCGCCCGGGGCGCACCACCACCACCACCAGCCGCAGCACCACCACCACCAGCAGCACCACCACGAGCUGGCGCCGCCGCCGCCGCCGCAGCCCCAGUACGCCGCCUCCACCGCCUCCUCCACCGAGGACAUCCUCAACGACGACGCGCUCAUGUCGCUGUCGGUGCGCGAGCUCAACAAGAAGCUGCACGGCUACCCGCGCGAGGAGGUGGUGCGCCUCAAGCAGAAGCGGCGCACGCUCAAGAACCGCGGCUACGCGCAGAACUGCCGCAGCAAGCGGCUGCAGCAGCGCCAGGAGCUCGAGGUGACCAACCGCACGCUGGUGGCCGAGCUGCAGCGGCUCAAGGUGGAGCUGGCGCGCGUCACGCAGGAGCGAGACCUGUACAAGCAGCGCCUCGAGCAGCAGCUGCGCCACGCCGCCCCCGCGCCGCCCCCGGCAGUCUCAUUGGACCCCGGGUCCAGCGCGAAGCGGCACGGGGCGGCGCUCGGCUGUUGCUGGAGGGUGCUGGAGGCUGACAGGCGGCGUGCGCCGCGAUUAAUGCAGGCCGGCCGCCGCGCCUGGAAUGGAGUGACAGUAAUUGACGCGCGGCGUGGCGACGGGGGCGCCCCUGGCGGCCGCGCCACGCACUAA